AUGGUCGUCAAAAAUAAGGAGCAUGGUUGCAGGUACAUAACCAUGUACCUAAUCCGUGUAAGGGUUUUUCUCCAUUGUUGUUCUCUUUUUGAACGGAACAACGUCAAAGUAAGACGUGUUAAUUUCUCUUCUUUGAUAGAAAAAUUCGCCCAUCUCUCCACCCGCUUUACAAAAUCGAUCUGGCUUACCUUUGACGAGCACUUGGGACUGCAGAAUAACGAUUUUUCUCAACGAUUGGGACUUCGGCAUAUUCUGUUGCAUUUCAGAAUGGAAGGGAAGAACAGAAGUAUUUGUCAUAGCUGUAGAGAUCCUGGGCACAAGUUGUGGAAUUGUCCAAAUAAGAAGCAAUGUCCAGACUGUGUUAUGGGAAUAGUGAAGAUGAUGGAGGUAGAGAGGGAGACGGAUAAUAGAGGUUGAAUGUUCAUGUGUUGUACAUUGGAAUGCGGAUAUUUUGAAUGGAGAGAUGUUAACUUCAACAAGAACAAGGCCUCGCGAUUUGAACCUGGACAGCCUAGUGGCAUUUGCGAUGAAAGUGAAACAGAGGGCGGAUGUUUUGUCAAACAAAGGCUACAAAACCUUUUCAAGACUUAUCUCAAAUUUUACAAACAGUUGCGGAUCUAAAGAUUGAAGAGAAGGAUGUGGAGAUAUCAUUAAAUGUUACUAUUCGAUAGGGAAACAAGAAGUCGGACAAUAAGGAAAAGGGAAAGUGUCAUGAAGAUUGAAUUUGUGUUCAAUGGUUUUAACACGGCCUGCUAUUAUGUUUAUGCUCUUUGUCUAUGUAAGAAAAAACCAUGUAAUAGAUUAUUAGGUCAUCUUGCUAUAUUGUACUCGUCUGGCUAUUAUGUUCAAUUAACUCGGCUUGCUAUUAUGUUCAUGUGUACUCUUAAUGUUGGUGAAAUUCUACUUGUCGCCUUUUAUUGAGA